UGACAUUAACAUAACCAGAAAACCGAAUGUGAUGACCAGAGCGGGACUGACUGAAGAUUUGUGCCACAAACACGUAACUCGCAAGUUAUAGCGUCUCUCUCUCCUCUCUCUCUCUCACAUCAAAUAUUUACGCUUUUACAAAGAUAACGCCGAGAGACCCUUCUCUCUCUCUACUUUCUCUCUCUUAAUCUCUGUCACCACUCACCCGCCCUAUACAAACCCUCUUUCCAUUUUUUCUUCAUCUUCUUCUUCAUCUUCUCUCUAAAGAAAAAAACUAAAAAAUUUCCAUUCCGAACUUUUCUUAAUUAAAUUGCAGUUUGUGUCUCACUCUUUCUUUCUUUCUUUCUUUUCAUCUCUGUUUAUUUAUAUCUGUUGUUUGAAGUAGUUUGGAAAAGAAAGGAAGGGACUUGAUUGAAGAGAGAUCCCUAUUUUCUUUUUUCAACUCGUCUUCUGUAAAUUCGAUCAAAUUUUCUGGGGCAUUCUUCUGUUUCUGCUCAAUUUCCUUUCUUUGUCGGAGUUUUCCAUCUGGGUGUGUGGAACUCUCCGUGUUCACUGUUGUUUUUGUCGUCUUCUCAAUUGGCCCCUGUUUCUCGUAAUCUCUGUGAAAUUAGGGUUUAUGGGUGUUUUGUGAAUUGGGGGUUCGACGAAGAAAUCGUACAGGGUUAUGGUGUGUGUUAUUAUGUGAAAGUGGGGGUUUGGUUGAAUCGUUGUUCGUUUGGAUUCGAGCGAGGGAGGAUUCGUGGAGUGGGGUUGGUUCGUUUGUUCUUUGGUUUUCCGAUUUUGCAGCCAUGAUUAUCAAGCGGAAUUUGAAAUCCCAAAUGCCGCGUCUGAAACGGUGUAAACCGGUUGAGUCAGCGGGUGAAGACGACGAGAACUCGGUUAGGAAGAAGAGGAAAACCAAUGGGUAUUAUCCUCUUAAUCUGCUGGGCGAGGUUGCUGCGGGUAUCAUUCCCGUGAGCUUUCAUGGCUUACUCAGCUCUGUUGCAGCUGCGAAGGACUUCUCUGCUUCGUGGUGUACCGAAGCCUCGUGCUCGCCCGAGGAGGAGGAGUUGAAGUCAAAGGCUCGAGAUUCAGUGACGGGGAGGAUUAACGGGAAGGUGGAGGUUCCAAGGCCACCACUUGUUAGAACUUCAAGGGGUCGAGUUCAGGUUCUUCCUUCUCGUUUUAAUGAUUCUGUAAUUGAAGAUUGGAGAAAAGACAGUAAGUCUAGUGUGCGUGAUAAUGGAUUAGAUGAUGAGAUCGAUUGUAAAAAGGAGAAUUUUAGCAUGAGAACCACGAAAACUUGUAGUAUUAAUGUGAAAAAGACUAAAACUAUAGAGAGGAAUGGAUAUAAGUCUGUUAAGUAUUCUACAUUGUGUGAAGAUGAGGAUGGAGUAGAGGAGAGAUUGACUGGUGUUAAGAAUUUUGAAUUUAGAAAGUAUUCAAGUUCCAGGAAUUCACUUACCUCGGUUCAUGAACGACUGGUUGAGAAUGACAGGUGUCCAAUUGAAGAAAUUGAGCGAAAACCUUAUCUGGUGGGGAAGAGUGGGAGGAGUGAUGGGUUGUAUGGACCUGAAGACUUUUAUUCAGGCGAUAUAGUAUGGGCAAAGCCAGGGAGGAAGGAGCCCUUUUGGCCUGCCAUUGUCAUUGACCCAAUGUCACAAGCACCUGAAUUAGUUUUGAGGGCUUGCAUACCUUAUGCCGCGUGUGUGAUGUUCUUUGGGUAUUCAGGGAAUGAAAAUCAACGGGAUUAUGCUUGGGUUAGGAGGGGGAACAUCUUUCCAUUUAUGGAUCACGUUGACAGGUUUCAGGGUCAAUCUGAAUUAAGUAAAUGUGUGCCCUGUGAUUUCCAAAUGGCAAUCGAAGAGGCGUUUUUGGCAGAACAAGGAUUCACAGAGAAACUUAUUGCCGAUAUAAACAUGGCGGCUGGAAAUGUAACUUAUGAUGUAUCUAUCAUUAGGGGAGUUCUAGAAGAUACUGGUUCUAACCAGGAUCCUCUUGGUCACUUUCGGAACCAGAAUAUGUUUUUAAAGAAAAAAGACACACAACCUUGUGAAGGCUGUGGCUUGAGCCUUCCUCUCAAGAUGACCAAGAAGAUGAAUCCCUCAACUCCAUCAGACCAUGUUUUAUGCAAAUCAUGUGCAAGGUUAACAAAAUCAAAUCAUUAUUGUGGCAUAUGUAAAAAGAUCUGGAACCAUUCAGACAGUGGAAGUUGGGUUCGUUGUGAUGGUUGUAAAGUGUGGGUGCACGCCGAGUGCGACAAAAUUUCCAGCAACCUCUUCAAGAAUUUGGGGGGCACUGAUUAUUACUGCCCAACUUGCAAAGCGAAGUUUAAUUUCGAAUUGUCAGAUUCAGAAAAGGGAUCACAACCAAAAGUCAACAGAUGGAACAAAAGUAAUGAUCAAUUGGUGCUUCCUAACAAAGUCACAGUUCUCUGCAAUGGUGUAGAAGGAACAUAUUUUCCAAGCCUGCACUUAGUUGUUUGCAAAUGUGGAUUCUGUGGCUCUGAAAAGCAAGCACUUAGUGAAUGGGAGCGACACACUGGUUCUAAAGCAAGAAACUGGAAGACAAGUGUUAGGGUGAAAGGUUCUAUGUUGCCUCUCGAACAAUGGAUGCUUCAGUUGGCAGAGUAUCAUGCGAGUGCUCUUGUGUCUGUCAAGCCUAAAAAGCCUUCUAUGAAAGAGCGAAAACAGAAGUUGCUUGCCUUUUUGCAGGAAAAGUAUGAACCUGUCCAUGCUAAAUGGACCACAGAGCGAUGUGCUGUAUGUAGAUGGGUUGAAGAUUGGGAUUACAAUAAAAUUAUCAUAUGCAACAGAUGCCAAAUAGCUGUUCAUCAAGAAUGCUAUGGAGCACGAAAUGUUCGAGAUUUUACUUCGUGGGUUUGCAAAGCAUGUGAAACACCUGAAGUCAAGAGAGAAUGUUGCCUCUGCCCUGUAAAAGGAGGUGCUCUAAAGCCAACAGAUGUUGAGACACUGUGGGUUCAUGUUACAUGUGCCUGGUUCAGGCCUGAAGUCUCUUUUGCAAGUGAUGAAAAGAUGGAACCUGCUCUUGGGAUAUUGAGUAUUCCAUCUAAUUCUUUUGUCAAGAUUUGUGUUAUUUGUAAGCAAAUUCAUGGUUCUUGCAUGCAAUGCUGCAAGUGUUCCACUUAUUACCAUGCAAUGUGCGCAUCAAGGGCAGGGUAUCGCAUGGAGCUGCACUGUUUGGAAAAGAAUGGCAGACAGAUUACAAAGAUGGUUUCUUAUUGUGCUUAUCACAGGGCUCCAAAUCCAGAUACCGUCUUAAUCAUACAGACUCCUGUAGGUGUUUUUUCAGCCAAAAGCCUUGUUCAAAAUAAAAAGAGGGCUGGUUCAAGAUUAAUUUCAUCCAAUAGAAGAAAACCAGAAGAGGUUCCAGCAACUGAAACUAUUGAGCCGGAGCCUUUAUCUGCUGCUAGAUGCCGGGUAUUCAAAAGAGUAAAUAACAACAAAAAGAGAACUGAAGAAGAAGCCGUUACCCACAAAGUUGGAGGACCUUCCCAUCAUUCUGUAGAAGCAAUCCGAAGUUUGAAUGCUUUUAUGGUUGUUGAGGAACCUAAAACUUUUUCCUCAUUCAGAGAACGGCUUUACCACCUACAGAGAACCGAAAAUGAUCGUGUUUGCUUUGGUAGAUCUGGCAUACAUGGAUGGGGACUCUUUGCACGUAGAAGGAUUCAAGAAGGAGAAAUGGUUCUUGAAUAUCGUGGAGAGCAGGUGAGGGGUAGUAUUGCAGAUCUUAGAGAGGCACGCUAUAGAUUGGAAGGCAAAGACUGCUAUCUAUUUAAGAUCAGUGAAGAAGUAGUAGUGGAUGCUACGGAUAAAGGCAACAUAGCACGCUUAAUCAAUCAUUCGUGCAUGCCCAAUUGCUACGCAAGGAUCAUGAGUGUUGGUGAUGAUGAAAGCCGGAUUGUGCUUAUUGCCAAGACUAACGUAGCUGCUGGCGAUGAGUUAACGUAUGAUUACUUGUUUGAUCCCGACGAACCAGAAGAAUUUAAAGUCCCUUGUCUAUGUAAAGCUCCGAACUGUCGACAAUUCAUGAAUUAGGAUAGAACACAUUGCACAGCCAUUGUUUCUCCGCAAGGAACACUAACCCAUUCCCUCUUUGGCGGGAUCUCACAGUUCUUACACCAAAAAGUUGUAAUUUUGUUGAGAAAAAGAAAGGAAAAAAGGUAGAGUGUAUUCUUUUUCUUUCUUCCAUAAUUUUCUUUGCACAACUAUUUCUGAGGUUAAUAAAAGCUAUAGAUUUGCCAGCUUUUUUUUGGCUCUUGGCAUUUGUA